AAUUAGUAGCAAGCGGCGUGUGCGUUUCUAUUGGGUGGAAAGUCAGUGCAAGUGACUGUAUAGGAAGUGGGGAAGCAGCGGCCGGUCGGACAGACAGACAGACAGACAGACAGACAAUAACAAUGCAGGCAGCCGCAAUGAAGGGGACACGGGACGCGGCACAAACUGCAGCCAAAGAGUUUAUCAAGUUCCUGAACCGCGGCGUCUCUCCCUAUCACGUGGUCGAGGAGUGUAAGUCUCGCCUCCUACAGGCCGGCUUCUUGGAGCUAAAGGAAGCAGAACACUGGGACAUUAAACCCAACCACAAGUACUUUGUGACCCGAAAUUACUCCACAUUGGUGGCAUUUGCGGUGGGCGGCCAUUACCAGCAGGGGAAUGGAUUCACCAUGAUCGGAGCCCAUACGGACAGCCCAUGUCUAAGGGUAAAGCGCCGUUCCCGCCGGGGCCAAUGCGGGUACUUGCAGGUCGGCGUUGAGUGCUACGGAGGAGGAAUCUGGAGCACAUGGUUUGAUCGGGACCUGACUGUGGCAGGGAGAGUCAUUCUGAAGGACGGGCACCAUCUGCAGCACCGCCUGGUACAUAUAGACCGGCCCAUUCUGAGGAUCCCACACCUGGCCAUUCACCUGCAGAGGACUGUCAAUGAAAGCUUCGGACCCAACACCGAGCAGCAGCUGAUUCCUAUCCUUGCAUCUUCAGUACAGGAAAGUCUGGAAAAGGAGACCUUGGAUUCAGGAAUCUCAUGCCCCUCUGCGCCAGGGGGCAACAAUGUCGCCGAAAGGCACCACCCUUUGCUUCUGACCCUCCUGUGCGACAAACUAGGAGUCAAACCUGAGCAAAUACUGGAGAUGGAGCUCUGUCUGACCGACACCCAACCUGCAACCCUGGGAGGUGCCUACGAAGAGUUCAUUUUUGGGCCCCGCUUGGAUAAUCUGCACAGCUGCUACUGUGCUCUACAGGCUCUGCUGGGUUCCUGUGAAUCCCCAAGCUCUCUCGCCAGUGACCCCAAUGUCAGGAUGAUCACCUUGUAUGACAAUGAAGAGGUGGGCUCUGGGAGUGCCCAGGGGGCGGAGUCUCUGCUGACGGAGUUGAUUCUGCGCCGUAUCUCCUGCACACAACAUAAUCUCACCGCCUUUGAGGAGUCUGUGCCCAAGUCGUUUAUGAUCAGCGCCGAUAUGGCUCACGCGGUGCACCCCAACUACAUGGAUAAACAUGAAGAGAACCACAGGCCGCUCUUCCAUAAGGGUCCGGUCAUCAAAGUGAACAGCAAUCAGCGCUACGCCUCUACGGCAGUGACUGAGGCUGUGCUCCGAGAGAUUGCUGGGCGCGUCGGGGUCCCCCUUCAGGAAUUCAUGGUGAGAAAUGACGCGCCCUGCGGUACCACCAUUGGGCCCAUCCUGGCGUGCAAGCUGGGCCUGCGGGUACUGGACCUGGGCUGCCCCCAGCUGGCCAUGCACUCAGUGCGGGAGAUGUGCUGCACCUCCGGGGUCCUGCAGACCUCCACCUUGUUCCAGGCUUUCUUUGAACAGUAUCCCGCGGUGAACGGCAACUUGUUGGUAGACUGACACCCCUUUAAUCACAGCACUUUUUACUGAGCCUUCCACCAAUCCCAAUGAUCCCUGGCACUUGGUGGGCGGGGCUUGUCUGAAGGCAUGCAGCACCAGCAUCCUUAUAAUAAAAAAAAAAUGUUCUGUAAAUUUC